AUGUCCACCUCCGACCCACCUGCAUGGAAUGCACCCAAAGAUUUAGAGGAAUUCAGGCAGAUGUAUGAGGCCGGCCCUGCUGAACUAUUCGACAACAUCGCCACCCUCGUCCAGCGCGUCCGCCUCCAAAGGGACACCCUUCAUACACAAUUCACUGCCGCCAAUGAAACCAUCGACAACCUCGAGGAGCAGAUAAACCGGCUCAACCUUGACCUCAAUGUCGCCCGCGCUGCCCCCGCCCCUACCGUCGCUGUCCCCGUCGCCGCUGCUCCCCCACCUGCUCCUGUCCCCGCCUUCAGGUCCGAAAAGUUCCCAGACCCUGAAAAAUUCGAUGGCACCCGCACCAAGCUCCCCGGAUUCACCACCCAACUUCGAAUGAAACUUGAAGUCAACCACGAUCGGUUCCGAAACGAGGCAGCAAAGGUUAUUUAUGCCGUCAGCCGCUUGGAAGGAAGGGCCCUUGACCAGGUCGUUCCACUCGUUAACGCUCACCCUGCCGCCCCCUUCUCCUCCGUCACUGCCUUUGUUGCCCACCUGGAAGCCUCGUUUGGAGACCCAGACCCCCGGGGUACCGCCCGCCGCCAACUUGUUGCCCUGAAGCAAGGCAAAGGGGACUUCGCUACCUAUUAUUCGCAGUUCCUCCGCAUCGUGGCAUACCUAGACUACAACGAGGGAGCCAAGAUCGAUGCCCUGGCCGAAGGACUGUCGGAAGACCUGAAGGACGCUAUGACAUACCGGACAGACAGGCCUAACACCGUCGAAGCUUAUGCCACCAUGUUGAUGACAAUCGAUAACCUGGUUCGGGGCCGCAAAGCUGAACAACGGGCGAUUCGGAAUACAAUGGGACAAUUCACCGCCCCCGCUGCUGUUGCACACCCAUCUCAUACCGCCGGAGGCCUCGCUCCAAUGGACCUCUCUGCUCUCCAAAGCCGCCCCACUCAACGUCCUGCCAUUGAACAACGAUAUACUUUUGUCAAUGGACAACGCAAAACCUCUACCGCUGAAAAACAAUGGCGAAGGGACAACAAUCUCUGUAUGUACUGUGCCAACCCCGGUCAUGUCUUUGCCAACUGCCCCUCUGCCAACCGCCCACGCGGUAACCAACCGGUGAUGAGAGGCGCCCUCCUCGCACCCAGCCAUACGGACAUCGACCCCGCUGCUCCACCGGUCGCUAUCCCGGGCUUGAUUAAUGGCCCCUGCCCGGGACCUUCCAAUGUUUCUCCUUUGUCUGCGUUUUCUAUCUCUGGCUUCUCGGUAUCGUCUGUGGAGGAUAAAUUGGAUGGGGAUCAUUUUGUUGCUUCUUGUAAAAUUAUAAACAAUAAAACAUCCAUUCAAACCCACGCACUGAUCGAUACCGGUUGCUCCGGAUUCGCAUUCAUUGAUGAAACAUUUGCGCGCCAUAACAACUUCCCACUUCUCCCCCUCAAAUCACCCCGCACUCUUGAAGUCAUCGACGGUCGGCCCAUAUCUUCCGGACAAAUUACCCACCUCUGCUAUCUACCGCUAUCCAUUGACUCCCACCACGAAACUACCCCUUUCUUCGUCACCAAACUCGGCUCGUAUCCCCUUGUCCUCGGAAUCCCCUGGCUUCAAUUGCACGACGCAACAUUACGGUUUAAGGACAACAGCAUACUGUUCGACUCCGAAUACUGCAAACGCAAGUGCAACUCUUCCCCGAUACCCGUUCCCAUUAGAGGAGUUGCACCACCGCCCCGUUUUCACCUCGUCAGUUCAGCUGCUCUUUGUCGCUUUGCUCGAAGAGACAAACUCCAAAUCUUUAGUACAACUAUUAAGGAAAUAGAUCAAGCAACGGGCGAGGCCCCUAAGCAAGACUGGAGGAACCGGGUCCCAACCCGGUAUAAGAGAUUUUAUAAAAUGAUGGACGAAGAAUUUGCUAACGGGAUGCCGCCUCGCCGCCCCUAUGAUCAUAAGAUACCGCUCAAGGAAGGGAAAGAGACCCCUUUUGGGCCACUUUAUGGUAUGUCCCGCGAGGAACUCAUCGUGCUGAAACAAUACAUACAGGACAACCUUCAAAAGGGGUUCAUUCAGGCCAGCUCUUCGCCUGCCGGUGCCCCUGUCCUAUUUGUUAAAAAGGCCGAUGGAACACUCCGCCUUUGUGUCGACUAUCGUGGUCUCAACGAACUUACUGUCAUAAACCGCUACCCGCUGCCACUCAUCCGGGAAACUCUCGACCGCCUUUCCAAAGCAAAGUGGUACACCAAACUUGACCUUCGCCAAGGGUACAAUCAGAUUCGAAUGGCUGAGGGUGAAGAAUGGAAAACAGCCUUCCGAACGCGUUACGGACAUUUCGAAUACACCGUAAUGCCCUUCGGCCUCACCAACGCACCAGCCACCUUUCAACAUUUUAUUAAUGAUUGCGUCCGUGAUUACCUUGAUAUGUUCUGUACAGCCUACCUUGACGAUAUCCUUGUUUACAGCGACACCUUCGAGGAACAUCAAGUACACGUCGAAAAAGUACUGGAAGCCCUACAAAGAAAUGGAAUACUGCUGAAACCGGAGAAAUGCGAAUUUCACACACAAAGCACCACCCAUCUCGGCCUGAUUAUCGAACCCAAUGGUAUUAAAAUGGACCCAAGGAAAGUGGAGACGGUGAAGAAUUGGAUCGUCCCCAAAACAGUUAAGGAUGUACAAGCAUUCCUAGGUUUUGCUAACUUUUACCGCCGAUUCAUACGCGGAUUCUCGGAACUGGCUUCUCCUCUUACCAGACUGACACGUAAGGACACAUCAUUUGGAUGGACACCCGAAGCCCAAACCGCCUUCAAUGCCCUGAAAGAAGCCUUUACCACGGCGCCCAUUCUCACUCAUUUCGACCCGGAAAAGGAAAUUACUGUGGAAACCGACGCAUCUGACUAUGUCUCCGCCGGUGAAUUACUGGCAAUCAUUCGGUCUUUUGAGGAGUGGCGACCGGAACUUGAAGGGGCUGCACACCCAAUCGCCGUCAUAUCCGAUCAUAAGAAUCUCGAAUACUUUAUGAGUACCAAACAACUCAACCGGAGACAAGCACGGUGGGCAGAAUACCUGUCACGAUUUAAUUUUGUUAUUAAAUACCGACCAGGGAAACAAGGAGGGAAACCGGACGCGUUGACAAGAAGAUCAGGAGAUCUCCCUGGAGAGGGGGAUGAAAGACAAUCGCAUCAGAGUCAAGUUGUGUUGAAGAAGGAGAAUCUCGAUGCAAAGCUAAGUUUGUUGGCGGGUUCUUUCUCAAAUGAGCCCGCUGAAAAGAACGCCUCACUGCAGGAAUUAUUCGACGAAGGAUAUAGCGCUGACCCGUUUCCCCAAAAAAUACUGGAUAUGCGGAAUAGAGGCGAUCGACAAUCAAAGGACAUAUCACUCGCCGAAUGCACCGAGAUUGAAGCCCGAUUGCUUUACCGAGGCAGCAUAUAUGUCCCUGAUUACGACCCUCUUAAACUUCGAAUCCUCCAACUUUACCAUGACGCUGCCUCUGCUGGACACCCGGGACGCGAAAAAACAUUCGAACUCGUCAGUCGGGACUACUACUGGCCCCUCAUGCGAAAUUAUAUUGCCCGCUACGUUCGGAACUGCCAUACCUGUCAACGAAGCAAACCCAACACCCAUGGAAAACUCGGCGUACUUCGACCUUUACCGAUUCCCGAACAACCAUGGCAGGAGGUAUCGAUGGACUUCGUUACUGGCCUACCGGAAAGUGAAGGGUACGAUGCAAUUAUGGUAGUGGUUGACCGGCUAACAAAGAUGCGACAUCUCCUGCCCUGCAAUACUACUGUUAACUCCGAAGACGUCGCCCGACUAUACCUGCGAAACAUAUGGAAGCUCCAUGGGCUACCCACACAUAUCACCUCCGACCGCGGUACUCAAUUUACAGCUAAGUUUUGGAAGGCUCUUUGUAAACACCUCAAUAUCGAGGCAAGGAUGUCCACCGCCUUCCACCCGGAGACCGACGGCCAAACCGAAAGGCUGAACGCUGUGAUGGAGCAAUAUCUACGUGGGUAUGUCUCUUAUCAACAGGACGAUUGGGUAAAAUGGCUUCCUAUGGCAGAAUUCUCCGCCAACAAUCAGGUCUCCGCAUCCACUAAAGCUACACCAUUCUUCGCGAAUUAUGGGUUCCACCCCCGGUUUACAGUGACGAUCAAAUCGCUUGACAAGACCCCGCCGAGUCUCAAUGCUAAAGACUUCGCCUCGAAGAUGAAGGAGCUCCACGAGCACCUACGUUCCAAUAUCCGCACAGCGCAGGAUCAACAGGAGCAGGCCGUCAAUACUAAACGAACGCCGGCCCCACGGUACGAUCUGGACUGGAAGAAACUGGGACAAUUCCCCGUUAAGGAAAUUAUAUCGCCAUACGCGUAUCGAGUCGACCUGCCUAGAAGUAUGAAGGUGCACCCCGUCUUCCACGUAUCAUUGUUAGACCCCGCUGCGAAUGAUCCCGUCCCAGGGCAAACUCAACCACCACCCCCGCCCAUUAUCGUCGAACAAGAGGAGGAGUAUGCAACGGGCUAUACCGACCCUACCUGGGAACCCGCCGCAUACCACGAUAAUACCGCCGCCGUUGAUAUCUUCCACAUACGCUACCCCGACAAACCUAGACCAUUGGAAGGAAAGAUUAAGGUUAAGGCUCGCAGGAGCUCGCGCUUGAAGGGAGGGGCUACUUUCAUGGAUCGACUAGUGGAGGUACGGGGUUAUGAAGAGUCGGAUUAG